AUGUCAAGUGGUGAUGAAUUAAGAAGGCACUCUGUUGGAAUAGCAACCUCUGGGAAUAUUGAAAAAAAAGUUGUUGUUCCUCAUUAUCUCAGAGCAUCUACUGGCUCCUGUCAUGAUUUUUGUAAAUAUGGGAGGAAGAAUGUAGAGGAAGCAAAGGAGAAACUCUCCAUGAUUAAGAGAACUGGAAGAAAAUCACUUUCCCUAAGUUCAGAAGACAGUAUUGGUGGGAUAAUUAUAUCAGUUGCCAAACAAAAAGCAUCACUUGAUUCCAACCUAACAAAGAUGUCAGCAGUGAAACGCAGUCAAUCACUUAAUUCUGUGCUUCAGAUUUCUGAUGUCUCAGACACAAAUAGGGUGGAACCCAUAUCAAAAUCAUCUGGCAGCCAAAAGCAAAUAGGGAAAGAAGUUCUGGCAAACACAGGCAAAGCAUCAUUGAAACCGGCAGCAACAAGGAGGAGGGCAAUUUCUUCAAGUUUUGAAGUGGAAAUUCCAUCAAAACCAACAUCCAAAAGGGUGGAAUCUUCGCCGGCAGCAACUUCUGAGAGGGUGAAACGUAAUCCAAAAUUAACUUCCCAAAUAGUGAAAGCUUCAUCAAAAUCUAUGUCCACGAUGAAGCAGGCUUCAUCAAAGGUGUCUUCUUUUGAAGAUAAAGAAAUGGAGUUGUCCGAAAAGCAUGUGACUUCUUUGAAUUCUUCUGAGGGCCUUGGUGGCCAAAGGAUUAGUAAGAUUAAGAUGAAAAAGAGAGAAACCUCACCCAAGUCUUCCUCCGGAGGCAUUGGAAGCGUUAGUGCAAGAAAGCACAAAGGCCUGAAAAUUGUGACUCACCUCAUGAAUCAACCCAAUCCUAUAGAAGUAGAACCUGAGGAACACUACAACAAGGCUAAGGAAAAGACUUUGUAUGUCAUCAAGAUGGAAAGUGCAAACCAAAGUUUUCAAUCUCAUCAGAACGAAAGCCAGGUUAUUGAAAUGCUCCUUUCUAAUUCGUUAUCAUCACCCAAGUUUUCGCCCUCCUCAAUUUCUCAAACCUCAUCCCAUGAAGACCAAGAGGAAUCAGAAUAUGCAAAUUCGAAUACUGAAUUUGAGGCGGAUGCUUUUCCAGAAAACCAUGAAAUUGAGUUCCAGGCUAAUGUGGGCACAUUGGAAACUGAGAAUAAUGGGAAGCCUCAAAUGGAUGAUGAAGUUGUUUUUUAUGUAGACAAUGACUGCCAAAUGUUGAGUGGAGAAUUGGCUGAAAUUCAAAUUGACAAAGAUAAUCUAAAAAUUCUUGAUAAAUUCGAGAGAGGAAAAGUGUCAAGGGAUAAUGCAACUGAUGCCAAGGAUGCUGCUAUAACUGGUCAAAAGAAGGUGUUGUUGAGACGUCAAGAUGUGGAGGUCAAGAAAGAUGGACAAGGAUUGUAUAAUAAUGUGAUUGAGGUAACAGCAAGUAAACUUGUUGAAACUCAGAAGGGCAAGGUUAAAGCAUUGAUUGAUGCCUUUGAAACUAUGAUCUCUCUUGAAGAGAAAAGGACUUCUGCAAACAUUGUCAAUUGA